AAGCCCUGCCAGGCCAGGUCAACCAUCAGUUGUUUCCUCGUUUCGGCAACAUGAAAUUCUUGAUUGUUUUCGCUUUGGCCUUGGCCACCGCCUCCGCUGGCGUCAUUGAACCCCGCGACAUCUUGGUCGAUACCGAGGGCCGUAUUACCAAUGGUCGUGAUGCCGCCGUUGGCCAAUUCCCCUAUCAAGUUGGUCUUUCCUUGAAAGUUAGCUCCACCUCCUCCUCCUGGUGCGGUGGUUCCUUGAUUGGCAACCGUUGGGUUUUGACUGCUGCUCACUGUACCGAUGGUAUCUCCUCUAUCACCGUCUACUUGGGCGCCACUGUUCGCACUUCUCCCGAAGUCACCCACACCGUUAGCAAGAGCGAUGUCAUCAUCCACGCCAAUUGGAACAGCAAGACCUUGAAGAACGACAUCUCCUUGAUCAAGAUCCCCUCCGUCACCUACACCAGCAAGAUCAAGGCCGUUAAAUUGCCCGCCAUUGCCAGCUCUUACUCCACCUAUGCCGGUGAUACCGCCGUCGCUUCCGGUUGGGGCCGUACCUCUGACUCCUCCUCUGCCGUUGCCAGCCACUUGAAAUACGCCGACAUGAAGGUCAUCACCAACACCGUUUGCAAGGCCACCUUCGGUACCACCAUCACCGACUCGAACAUUUGCGUCUCCACUCCCAACGGUGUUUCCACCUGCAACGGUGACUCUGGCGGCCCAUUGGUCUUGAAAUCCAACAGCGUUCAAAUCGGUUUGACUUCCUUCGGUUCGGCUGCCGGUUGCGAAAAGGGCUACCCAGCUGCCUUCACCCGUGUCACCAGCUACUUGAGCUGGAUCAAGACCCACACUGGUAUCUCCUAUUAAGUGCGAUACUUCGUGGUAAUGAAAUUGUGGGAAUUUUUUUACGUUUCAUGUUGAAACUUAAAUAAAGUGUUAAUAUUUCAUUCAAAACUAUUUUGGAAUUAUUUGCCGAGUAUGUGCCUUGGGAAGAAG